CUUUCUUUCUUUCUUUCUUUCUUUCUUUCUUUCUUUCUUUCUUUCUUGCUUUUUUUAAAUAUACAAAUACAAAUAUAAAAGAUGACAAACAAAGGUCAAUCCACUUCUAAUAUACGUGAAGGACAUGAAUUAAAUCAUGAAAAGCUGGAAGCCUAUCUUUUAGAACAUGUCUCAAGUUUUAAAGCACCUUUGUCUAUUAGUCAAUUUCAAUUUGGACAGUCUAAUCCAACAUAUCUUCUAAAGGAUGGCAAUCAACAACAAUAUGUACUUCGCAAAAAGCCUCCAGGAACUUUACUUUCAAGUACUGCACAUGCUAUUGAAAGAGAAUAUCGUAUACUUUAUGCUUUAGGUACUCAAACAGAUGUGCCUGUUCCUAAAGUCUAUGUUCUUUGUGAGGAUUGUGAUGUGAUUGGUACAGCCUUCUAUGUGAUGGAGUUUUUAAAGGGUCGAAUUUUUGAAGAUUGUCGAAUGCUUGAUUUACCUUUUGAAGAACGUAAAGCACUUUGGUACUCUGCUAUAGAAACAUUAGCCAAGUUACAUCGAGUUAAUUUUAAAGCAAUUGGAUUGGAAAAGUAUGGUCGAAGCUCAGGGUUUUAUGAUCGACAAAUGAAAUCCUUGAGUAAAGUGUCUCAAGCACAAGGAGCUGUUCAAGAUCAAGAUACAAAAGAAGUAGUUGGAUCCAUUCCUCGGUUAAAUGAUAUGUUUCAAUGGUUUAAAAGAAAUCAAGUCAAGGAUCAAGCUACUAUUGUUCAUGGUGAUUUUAAGAUUGAUAAUCUAAUUUUUCAUCCUACAGACUCUAGAGUCAUUGGUGUACUUGAUUGGGAACUUUCAACCAUUGGACAUCCACUUUCUGACCUUUCAAAUUUACUUCAACCGUUUUAUAUACCAGAGGGUAAUAACAUGCUAGGAUUUAAGGAUUCAAAAGAACCUUUACCUGUUCCCGGUGCCGAUGAAUUAAUGGCUCACUAUUGUUCUAUUCUACAACAACCUUAUCCAAUAGAGAAUUGGCUAUUUGCAGUUGCAUUUUCCUUCUUUCGAUUAUCAGUUAUUUUACAAGGCAUUGCAGCACGUGUUGCACGUAAACAAGCAUCCUCUGCUCAAGCCAAGUCUUAUGCUGCACGUUUCAAACCAGUUGCUAAAUUAGCGUUAGAUAUUGUUGACCAGGGUGAUCUUCAAAAUCAAAGCAAACUUUAAAUAAAAAUUACAAUGAAAAAAAAAAGAAAAGAAAAAAGAGCAGCUAACAAACCAAUACGUUUUAUUCUUAUUCUUAUUAUUAUUAUGUCUUUCUUUCUUAAGUAUGGCCUCUAAGAGCUAUACCGCCUG